AUCUUUGUAACGGUGGACAACCCGUCAAACUCAGUAGAAUGGGCGAUGGCCAAGAUGCUCAACCAGCCAGAUAUUCUCUGGAAAGCCAUCGAUGAGCUUGAUCGUGUCAUCGGCCCUCACCGCCUUGUUGAAGAGUCUGACUUCCCCAACCUCCCCUACUUGAGGGCAUGUGCCCGUGAAGCUCUUCGUCUCCACCCCAUUGCACCCUUCAACGUUCCUCAUGUCUCCUCCAUUGACACCACCGUCGCCGGCUUCUUCAUCCCUAAGGGCAGCCAGGUCCUCCUAAGAUGUGUCGGACUUGGCCGGAACCCUAAAAUUUGGGAAGAUUCGAUGAGAUUCAACCCCGACCGGCACCUUAAUGAGAAGAAUGUGGAUCUAGCUGAUCUGGAGCUCUAGUUCAUAUCGUUUUCCACCGGCUGAAGAUGGUGCAUGGGGGGGCAGUUGGGGACAGCAAUGACGUACAUGAUGUUGGCUAGAGUUUUGCAUACGUUUACGUGGAGCAUGCCGGCCGGUGAAGAGCUAGUGAACCUCUCAGAGGAGGAAAGUAGUCUCUUUAUUGAUAAACCUUUGCAUGCACUUGCUAAGCCAAGGUUGGCUUUUUUAGAGCAUUUUUAAGUAAUUACUUUUAUAAGCAUGCUUCAUGAUCACAUUGUUAGGAA